CCUGCGUCCUGCCCUGCCAGCUUCCAACUUGUUUUGUUUACAGUUUACCAUUCUGCCAAGCGCCGGUCGCUCAACACAUCCAGCUCUGAGGAGUGCAUCAACGAUGCAAAGACACGACACGUCAACACUUAUUCACGACGUUGGAACAAAACGAGUGUGAAAUGGAGAAGGCAGCGACCAAACAGACCUCUACGAAUGACACUAAGAACCAAGCAGCAACACCUGCCCGUCUAAGUACGCCAAAGGCGCCAUCUACGACGACGUCUACGACGACGUCUACGAAGACGAGCGCGCUUGCCGCUCGGACGACUGGCAGCACCAUUAACAAGCCGCCCACGCGACCAACUGGCUCCUCGGCAAGGAAAACGCCGGUUCGCUCGUAUGAUGAUGCUGCCUCAGUCACAUCUGGGGAUGGCGACGAGAACAGACGACCGCCAAGAAAGUCCACUGUUGGUCGUGCCAGCACGAGACGAACCACUCUCGGCGGCAGUGCUGCCACAGUGCCGCCCAAGCGACCAGCAGCUGCACCACGGACUAAUACGGCGAGUCCCACGACUUCGAGACCUCCUACCACAGCAACGCGGCAGACAGUGAAGUCGCCAACGUCAUUCUCGUCCGUGUCAACGAAGAGCAGCGGCAGCGUAGCCCGAUCGCAACUGACAGGUACUAUCUCCGAGGAGCCGGAACUGGAAGCCGACGAUGGAGCGCCCUCGGAAGCUGGUACAGCACGACACCCUUCGCCUCCGAAGUUGGAGAUACGCUCUACGAAGUCUGAAGCUCCGGCUCCCAAGCCACAAGCAGUGUCAGACAAUGAAGCAACGAAUCGACCUAGACUGACUUCUCGACACUCGCGCACCCAGUCUGCAGUGAUUGGCCGCCGCCCAAUGACGGCACCCACGCCAACAUUAACCACCCACGAGCAGAGCAUGCGAGAGAUGGAAGUUAUAUCGAACCUGUUACGUGAGAGUACGAAGCGCGAUACGAUGUCUGUCGAAAUCAAGGACCUGAGAGCGGAGAUAAUCCGACUGGAGCAGCAGAACCACAAGCUUUCCGAAGCAGUAGCGAAAGGCGCGCUUAAGCACGACACAAGCGCAGAUGCGGCGAAGGCCAGAGCCGAACUUAAGGUGAUGCUUACGAGCCAGCACGAGGCAGAGAUGGAGAAAGUGAGCAAGGCACACAGAGCAGCGAUGGCUUCACUAGAGUCUACACACGCGGAAGAACUCACCAACCUGCGCACUGAGUUGGCGACCCAACGUAAGCAGUCCUCCCGCCUCGAGGGUGUCGAGACAAAGAUCGAAGCUGUCGAAGAGGCGUUGCGCGAGAGCAAGAAGCGCGCUUCGCACAACGAGCACGAGCUCCACCAAACGAUCCAGCAGAAAGAAGCAGACCGCGACAACCUCGCGCACGUCAUCGACGACUUACGGCAAGAGAUCGACCGCUGUCAGAUCAAGUUGAACGAGGAUGUGGCAAAGCAAGCAAAAGAGAGGAAGGAGGCGCAGAAGCUCAACGAGCAGUUGCGUAAGGAACUUGAAGAAGAGAGGCGCAAAGCCAAAGCUAUUUCGGAGCAGUCAGCGCGCGAGAAAACGCAAAGCGACGACCAGUUCUCGGCCAGCCUCAAGGAGGUACGGCAACAGGUUGAGGAGGAGAUGGAAAGGUUGCGCCUGGCUGCAAAGCAAGCCGAACAGGCGGCAGAGAAGCUGCAAAGAGAGCUCGAUGAUGUGCGAGCAAAAGACAGCGAACACUUUGAGAAGCAUCGUGUGGCGCUGGAUGACUCUGCAAGCACGAUCCAGAAUCUGCAAGACGAAAUGCGGAAGCUGAAGGAUCAGCAUCUUGAGAGCUACGAACGACAGCGUCGACGCGCCGACGACAGCGACAGCACCACGCAUUCGCUUCGCGCCCAGGUGCAGACCCUGCAGCAGAUGCACAACAGCAGUCAGCAUAAUAGUGAGGAGCUUUUGCGGAAACAUGAGAGCAUAGUUGAUGAGCUUCAAAUUCAGAUAAGCCAGCUUCAGCAGGGUGGCACCGAGAGCAGCCAGGUUGUGGAAAGCUUGCAGACACAGUUGCGGGAGCUGGAGCAGCUCAGCCACGACGCUCAGUCUGGGCACGAAGCCGAACUUACCGACCUCAACACUGUAGUCGAGAGCCUGCAAACCGGAAGUAGUAAGCUUCGACAAGAAUACGCAGCAUCUUUAUCAGACAAAGACCGCGCAAGAAGCGAAUCCAAGGCAAUAGCCGAACAACUGCAGACUAAGGUUAUACAGCUACAGCACGAGCUUGAAGAUGCACGCAAGUCAACAGAGGAAUGCUCGAGGAGCCUGCACGAAACUAUCGCGUCGCUGAAGCAGGAAAGUGAAACGCUUAAGACCCGGAACGAGGAGCACGUUGCAGCCAAAGAUAGCGAAAUUCGUGAGCUCACACAGGUCGUAGGAUCGUUGCAGCUGAAAAUGGGCGAACUCCUGUCUCAAGCAGAGGACGCAAGCUUAGAGUGCGAGCAGCAUUCGAGGGAGAGCGCAACUGUCAUAAAGACAUUGCAAGACGAAAUUCAAGCGGCGCAACACAAGCUUACAGAUGCGGGAGACAAGCGAGAUGCUUUAACUCAGCACGUGCAAGCCUUACGAGAGACUCACGAAACGCUUGCGACGAAACACAAGGACUUGGAACGCGAUCAUGACAAUCUCGCCAACAGCAAUGACAGCCUCCAUGAAAAGGUGGAUGAGCUGCUGACGUCGCUCGCGGAGGCCGAAGCCGCCAGGCGUACCGCCGAAGCAUCGCUGUCAAGCUUAAGAAAUGAGACGGAGGGCUUGCAAAAAGUAUUCGAGACCUUCCAGCAAAGAGCCGAGCAACAGGAAACCGAACAUGUCCAGGCACUAAGCACGCAGAAAGGCGAGUUAGAGGAGAUGCACUCGGCAGCAUUGACCGCUCUGAGGGCCGAUCAUGCUAUAGAGCUCGAUGCACUGGAACGGCCAAGCGCGAACGAGAACGCCGCCAUGGCUCGAUUGCGUGACGAGGUAGAUGCCCUUGCUGCAGAGAGGGUGCAACUACUUGCGAAGUGUGACGAGCACGAAGCCGCGAUGAAGCAGCUUCAGGACUCUGUCAACCGGCUCAGACACGAGCACGCCAACGCCAUCGGAGAAACAUCCACCGCGCACGAGGACAAAGUGCAGGCUGUAAUGGACCGUCAUGCCGAGCAAAUCGCGCUGAUCGAAGAAGCGGCUUCACGACGCGCCGAAGCGGCUGGCACUGAACGCGACCGCGUCCACGAAGCCGCUCUCGCCGCCCUUGAGGCAGAGCACGCGGAAGCUUUGCGGAAAGCGACACGCUCUCCAGCAGUUCCUGUCGUGCAUCCGCAGCAUGAGCCUGAAACACCCGCGAAGGGCUUGUCACAUAUUUUCGUCAACCGCGCUGCCACUGGAGAUGGAGAGGCAGAGACGCCGGCAUUGACUGUUGAGGAUGGCACGCCAGGAUUGGCGGAGACACCGUUGGCGUAUGCGUCGGAGGACGAGGUGCAUUCGCCAACGCCGUUCUAUCCCAGAGACGGAAGGCGGGCAGGCGCUGAUCAUCACAGUGAUGGCAAGCGCAGUGAAGAUGACCUAGAACGCCGAAACGUCGAGCUCGCGGCUCAAUUGCGAUUAGUCCAAGAGGAGUUGGCUCAUCUGAAGAACGCGGCUGCGCCGCCGAAACCUCCUAACUCUUCGAAAGAAGCAUUAACGAACAUUAGAGAUCCUUUUCUGGAUGCCAGCACAGGAGUAAUAGCUCGAGCAGUACAGUCAACUUCGACAAGCGGCAUUUUCUCCCCCCGCCACAGCUACUAUGAGCGGAGUUCUGACGCUCCACCAAUGACACUUGAAGGCACGCUGGAAAGCAUCCGUGUGCAGACAGAACAACUGCUGGAGGUCAACGAAGACUUCAUGAACGAGCAAAAGCGGUGGAGUCGCAAAUUAGGGCUGCGAAGAAGUCCAGGCGUCGGGAGAGCUAGGGGUUCGUUCACGGGAUCAAGGACCUCGCCAGUGACGAUUGCAUCUUAGGAAGGGUAUGGCAUGAUUGUUGGAGGGCAUUGUGGCCGCGCUAGACGAGGAUAUUUCUGAACACCGCUCGUUUGGACGCCUGUUGUAUCAUGACACGCUAGAGUUCCAGUGUUGGAGUAAUGUACGCCUUGGAUGGAAAGCUCCUCCUGUGCAGCAGAUACCAUCGAAGCCAGUGUACUGCAAGAGCAAUGCGAAGCAUACUCUUGCCUCUUGACUGAAAUGAGCACGCCAAUCGUAGCUCUGAAUACCGGUGUUCCCCCAUUCCCUGGACGCAGGACUCGGCCCACGCCACCGGAUUAUUCUCAUGGCCUGCAGCUUGACUGUUGUGCGAUCUAAUAUGCAAGGGCGUGGGCGUACAUUCAGACGUAUGCCGGACCACGAGCGAUGCAGUGAU